GGGCAAUCGCAUACUACAGUAUCUCAGCCUAUUAUGCCAGGCUUUUGAAAUGCUUCACGGUGUGCCAAUCUUAUUUGCUCAUUGCCUAGAUAUGGCGUUAUAAUGGUUUACAUUGUACAGGUGUGGGCUGGGAACAGGAGGGACGCACAAGUUGAACAAACACCUGCAUUUGGUAUUUUUUGAACGAAGCACACGUCAUCUUUACACAGCAGUUAGGUGAGCUGAAGGCAGGUGACAUUUAAGGAGAACUCGUCCAUGUAUCAGGUGAUCAGUUUCUGAUUGUGUUUAGUGAUCAGGUUUCCUGAUUAUCAAACCUCCCGAGUCGAGCUUUUGAAUGGAGCACUUCCACAUCUGUCCAGUGACUAACUACUACAAGAGGAUCCUUCUACCGGUGUGCUACAGCCUUGUGUUUCUGCUGGGCCUGAGUUUAAACGGCGCCCUGCUGUGGUGCGUGUGUUGUCGGACGCGCCGCUGGAGCAGCACGGUGAUCUACAUGACCAACCUUGCGGUGACUGAUCUCCUCUACGUGCUGGCCUUGCCCCCUCUCAUCAUCAGCGACGCCAUGGGAGGCCUGUGGCCCUUCGGCAACAUUAUCUGCAAAGCGGUCAGGUUCUUCUUCUUCGUCAACCUCCACUGCAGCAUGAUGUUCCUCACCUGCGUCAGCGUGCUCCGUUUCGUGGGAGUGUGCUUCCCCAUCGCCGCCGUGCGCCUCAGGACCAAGAAACUCGCUCUCUUUGCGUCGGGCUCGGUUUGGGUCCUGGCCUCUGCGGAGAUUUUGCCGACGCUGGUGUUUGCGCACACGGGUGUGAUCAACAACAUGACCGUGUGCUUUGAAAUGACCAACCCGAAGCAAUUUAACGUUUACUUCCCCUAUGGAGUGUUUUUAGCCAUAGUGGGUUUUCUGUUCCCAUUUCUCGUCGUUGUCACCUGUUACUGUUCCAUGAUAAAGGUGCUGUACUGCAGGGCCGCGGACAGCAUCUCCAACGCCAGGACGGCUCGCAUGCGUAACAAGUCCCUGUACACUCUUUUGGUCGUGUGUCUUAUGUUCGUGGUGUGUUUCGUGCCUUAUCACAUCGCUCGCACAGUCUACUUGUUUGUGAGGGUCUACAUGCCCGAGGACUGUCACCUGCUGAACGUGGUCAUGAUCUCCUAUAAAGUCUGGGAGCCGGUAGUCAGCUUUAACUGCUGCGCAAAUCCUCUCCUCUACCUUUGGGGCUCUCACCAGCAGCGUCAGGAGCUCCGGGCCUGGCUGUGUAGGAAAAGGAACAGAGUGCAGCCCAUUGGGUGUCCGGUAGUGGAUGUAGGCAGCACAAACAGAUCCGGUGGGUAGACAGCAUCCAUCAGAGGACUGAACAGUGUAUACAGCGACUUUUAUCAUGAAUCAG